AUGACAGCUGCUCCACGUGCCAUGGGGCGUCACUGGCACCUUUGCCCACGCCCAGGUCACGUGUCGAUGAGCGGUGAGCCAAUCCUGAGCGCCGACUGGAAACAGCUGACGGUGAACAACAACACUGGCCAGUCUUCUCUUCCUGCAGGUGGUGGUGUGUAGUGGACUUCGGCACGUAGUGCACAAACUCUUUUGGGCACCUUGUUUGAAGCGUCGGUAUCUGUCUCUGACUUGUGACGUGACGUUAAUGAGGUGAAUGCAUUUUUUUUAAAGUGAACCUCCUUUAACGAGAAAGGAGCGAGCUCUCCAGUGAGGAGGAGACCCGGAGCUCGUCAUCCAUCCCCGAGCCAACCCGCACAAUGGCACCGUCCCUCAUCCGUGCUUGCCGCAGUCUGGCUCUCUCGACGUGGCUGCUGUCGUUCUGUUUCGUGCACUUGCUGUGCCUGGACUUCACGGUUGCAGAGAAGGAGGAGUGGUACACGGCUUUCGUCAACAUCACCUAUCUGGACCCCGUUACCUCGGAGGUCAAAACAGAGAAAACCGAGUGCGGUCGGUAUGGUGAGCACUCUCCCAAGAAGGAAGCCAGAGGACUGGUCCUGGUUCCGUCCCUCUUGCAGGACAGACAGGUGUGCGACCCGGCUGUCCGGUUCCCCGCUGUCUCUCCCAACACCGCCUGGGUGGCGUUAGUGGCUGCGGGGAAUUGUACGUACAGAGAGAAGAUCCGUAACGCUGCAAACCUCAACGCCUCUGCAGUUCUUAUAUACAAUGUGGGCUCCAGCGGUGCCAACGACACCAUAACAAUGCCCCAUCCAGGUACAGGUGAUGUUGUGGCCAUCAUGAUCCCAGAGCCUAAAGGUCGGGAGAUCGUGGCCUUGCUGGAUCAGCACAUCGUGGUCAUGUUGCACGUCACUAUAGGAACCCGCAACCUGCAGAAGUAUGUGAGCAGAACGUCGGUAGUGUUUGUCUCCAUCUCCUUCAUCGUUCUUAUGAUCAUCUCCCUCGCCUGGCUUGUCUUCUACUAUAUCCAGAGAUUCCGCUACGCUAAUGCCCGAGACCGAAACCAGAGACGUUUGGGAGACGCUGCCAAAAAGGCCAUCAGCAAGCUUCAAGUACGCACCAUUAAGAAGGGAGACAAGGAGACGGAGUCAGACUUCGACAACUGUGCAGUGUGCAUUGAAGGUUAUAAGCCGAAUGAUGUUGUAAGGAUAUUACCAUGCAGGCAUGUCUUCCACAAGCACUGCGUAGACCCGUGGCUACAGGACCACCGGACGUGUCCCAUGUGUAAAAUGAACAUCCUCAAAGCUUUAGGAAUCCCACUCAACGCAGACUGCUCCGAUGAGAAUCCUCCAGACUACGAGGCAACUGUCGGGGGUCAACCCACCAACCCCAUCAGCGGCGCCAGUGAAAUCACAGUGAACGAGAGCUCGGUGGUGCUGGAUCCAGCCGGAAGGGUGAUAGGCCUGCAGCUGCUCCAUCCUGAUGCAGACACAGAAGCUCAGGCAGGGGAAAGCCGCAUGAUCGCCAGCAGUGAGCACCAGCUGCCGCUCAGCAGUGAAUCAGACACGUCUCUCAUCAUGACUGGCGAGGUAGGCAUGUCCGAAGUUGACCUGUCCACGGAGCAGGAAUGUGAUGAGGCCAAAUCCUGAGCCAAUUGGAGCCAAAUAAAAAGUCACCAGGAAAAGGAGGAUUGAAGCAGAACCACAUGACUAGGGUGCCCAAAGACUCACCUCGUCUUCGGCCGCUGGAGGAAGUGACUUCAUAGAAGAUGGGCUCAUGAGCAAUACGACCCAUAGCAGCAUAAAAACAUCCCCUUCUGUCUUUACUGACUGAAAAACAGAUCUGUCCCUGCAUCUGUGGACAUGUUGCUUGCUCAUUGUCUUGCAGUCACACUUCACCAUCUAAUUGGUUUGACUGCCAUGGCCAGACAGCCAAUCACAGCUCUCACAUGGCAACCAGACAGCCAACCACAGCUCUCACAUUGUGGCGGCCCAAUUUUUGUCCACGUAAUCUGUUUCACAUCCUUUAAUCUAUAUACAGUAACUGCUGCGGCGAUUUUUGAGCCCUUCCAAGUACUGAGAUGGCAAAAUAUGUGUUUCUUCACUUCGCGAGCCCAAAACUGCUGCUGGACACAAUAAGGGGAUGGAGAUAACAGGGCCUCCUUAAUGCCAGAUUAAAGUUUAAUUAUAUAUGUGCAAAUGGUUUGAUUUCUUGGUACAAGAUCACUGCCAAAAUAUUUUAGAAGUAAGCUGUACUGAUAUGACAUGGAUACAUAGCACGUAUAGAGCCUAAAGAAGAUUUUUUUCCCAAGCCCCUAACAGUUCCCGCCAGCAGUUUUCCUACUUUAGACUUGUUAUCCUUGAAAUUAUAAAGCUUAGUUCUUUAAGUUCAUGUGGUCAAGUGACAUUGCGGAGUUGGAAUAUGUAUGCACAAUUUAUGACUUUCUAUAUGUAAAUGUUCCUGUCACUAUUUUGUGAGAUCUUCUUUUUUAACUUUACCAACUAUAUAUUCCUGUUGUGGAGAGGAAAUAACCAAACACAAGCUAAAUAUUUCUGCCCUCACCUAUGACAAUCGUAGCUUGCCACAAGCAUUUUGAAGUGAUGUCACCCAUUGCCCUUUUAAAACUGCUGCUGAUUAACAAGUUUUCACAGCACGUGCGAGUGAUCACGCCCCGCUGUCAGGAGGGUAAUUUACUGUAUGUACUCACUGCUGUUAAAUACAGCUGGCAAAUCAAGUUGUCACUGCCACAUUCUGGCAGAGUGUACAGUACAUAUUGUAGACGGAUUACCCAAACUUGUCAAGCCAGCCAAUAUAAAUAUGUCAACAAAUCUUCUGUGCCAAGCUUAUCAGUAAUAUUGUUAACGUUUUUCUUUUCAUGUGCACUGAUUUCCUUGGCUGUCAAACAGACUAGAAUCUGUGCAUGAUAUGAAACCUAUAAAAUACAGGGAGACAGAAUUGGAUAGCUUACGUCCAUUGAAAGAUUGUGUGACUGCGUUUUGGUGUAAAAGGAUAAAAAAUGAGAUGCGUUGGAAAUGGUCAGGGUUUUAAUUUCAGGAAUUUGAUGUUCAAAGCAUGGUGUAUUAAAUGGCAUGAAAAGCUUGAUUUUUUUUUUUUUUUUUUUAGAUAAUGAAAAAGGGGCAUACAUGUUUACAGUUGUAGAGGAAUUGAGAAGUUUGGUUUUGACUACAUCCACACUAAGCCUGCUAAUUUUGAAAAUGCAUGCAUCCUGUUGUUUUCAGGGUUUUUUUUGUAGAAGAUCUCUGUCCCCAUUAAAACACCUGAACAAUCAGAACAUGUUCAGCAUAAAUGCUUCCUGUUAAUCAGGCAAACAGUAAUUCCUGCACUGCUGCGCUGAAAUCAAAGCACAAUUUUAUGAUUCAGAUUCACCUGAUAAACAUUAAUCCGGGUAAAUAACAACACCUUUAUUGUGUGAUCAGCUAUAUUGACAUUUAAGCCAUUUCUGUUUUUUAUAAAGCGAGCAGCACCCGCAGAAGAUUAACGAUUAGUUACCUUACUUAAAAGCCCAAGAACAAAGAAGGUUAUCGCACAAGUUUAAUAGCUUUCAACUAUAAAUCAAAUGUAGAAAAUGUAACGUGAAGUUGACCGACAGAUUUGUUAUUUCGGAAAUAGUUUGAGUCAAAAAAAUCCUUUCAUUUUGAUUAGCAUUUUAGUUUCUGCUUAACUUUAUGUACGUUUUUAAUUUAACAUCAUCAAACCUUAAUCACCACCAGCAAGAGCAGCACUGUUAACUAUAAAAUGGUAAGUAACUAAGCUAGCACAUAGCAUUUUAUCACACUUAGCAUCUACAUCAGAGAAAGUGGAUCUCGCAGCUGCAGCUCUGUCUCUGGGUCAAGACCACAACAGAUAAAUAAAGAUGCAUUUUCAAAUUUAGCUAGCUUUGUGUGGACACACUCUUAGACCUCCAUAGUAAUGCUGACUGUUAAUUCAUAUUCAUAAUCUGUUACAGUUCUUUUAUGUUUCCUUUUACUAUCGUAUUGUAGUCCUGUCAAUCACCUCUAGAUUACCUUUUCAGUAACGUGAUCUUGCAGGAUCUAACACUCAUUUGAAUCAGUCUCCUCUCACAUUCCUGCAGACUUGCAUACCAAAAAAAAAAGCACAGACCCGCUGACUGGAUCGAUGAAGCCAGUGGAAUUUAACUGGGUUUUCUCUCAGUCACUGUUUCCAUUAUGUCCUGCAGCCACCUGGGACUUGGUUAUGUAACGUGCACAUGUCCAAACUCCUCUGUUUGGGUCAAUCAUUGAAUGAUCAUCGAAUGUACGGGCAAAUGUUUCAAUGUUUCAUGGAAGCUGUGGCAAAUUACAGUGUGCCCACAUUGUAGUUUUUAUGUCUUUAAGCGUGUUGUGAGAAUUUGUUCUUGGCUGUAGCAGCUUUAUAGCUAAAGUAAGAAUAUUUUGGUUCUGACGGCAGUGUUUCAGUGUGAAAUACUGUCUUCAGUUGCAGUAAUUUCCCAGGGAAAAGCUUAACAGUUUUACACAUUACCUCACUUAUUCAACUACACACUGACCACUUCUACAGGCAACCUACAAUUGUAACAUGACUGAAAUGUGUGGUAGCAGCACGGAAACAUUAAUGAAUGUACAUUUUCAUAUACUAUCUGUUAGACAAUGUGGUGGUAGUAGCUGGUUUUAUAGAAAGCCUGUUGCUUUUCGAGCAUUGUUUACCUCUCUAGCUUUUGAAUAUGAAAGUGGAGAAAGGAUUUGAUUCUUGCCAGCCUGAAAUGAAUGCAGAUUCAGGACCUUUAAGCCUCUGUAUUUUAGAACAGCUCACAUGGAUGAGACGGCACAGCACGUGCGAUAACCCAGAAACACCCAACAGCUUUGAUUUCUCUUGCUCUCUUCAUCUUGUUCCUCGUUCUCUCGUGUCCACACUUUGAAUUCUGGGGUCUUCUUCUGUCAUCUUGACUCCCUCUCACACUUACACACAAAUAUAACCAACACUCUUGUCUCCAUCUGACCAUUUGUUUGGUUACCAUAGCGACAAGAUAACGCAAAGCACAUCAAUUUUCAGCAAACAGAUCACUUGAUUCUGGCUGUACUGCCUAAUUGGACGUGUUUGUGUGUGAAGUUUAUUUAAGGCCUUCUUUUUACUGAGCAACUUAAAAAUGUGACCAAGAUAUAAGGUUGUCUUCUCAGUUUUGCCUGUUUACAGUGUUUGAACACAGUCAUUUCAAUAGGAACUAUCUUACAGGAAUAAAUAGAAUUCAAUGGUAAUUUACACAAAAGACAUAAAAUAUAUGAUAUUCAAUGUACUUAUGAAGUAAUAGAUUGUUGUCUCUACUUGUACCUGCAACACUGGGUAACACUUUAUUUUAUGUGUUUCUAAGAAAGAACUAUGCAAUUUGGUGCUAUUAUAAGAAUAUGAAUGUCCUUAAAAAAAACUCAAUCUGAACACAAGUAAACAAUUAUUUAUUAUUGGAAACUUUUUCUCCGUAUUUGUUUUCUUUUUAAUUCAUUCAUUCAUUUAUUUUAUUAGUUUAUCUGACAGGGACAGUGCUCAUUGGACAACAGAAAACAAACUCAGUUGUUGAUUAAAAUGAUAUAUCCUAUUAAAUACACAGCAUAAUUAAUAUGCGCAAAGCACUACAGUACAUAUCCACCAAUAAAUAAUGUCACAGUAAAAAACAUGGUACUGUAGUUUGCUACAGUGCAUAAAUAAGAAGAACAAAAAAAGACGAUUGAAUUGCCUUGUAAACAAAUGUGACAUUUUUGCAUGUUCAGCUGACACCUGUGAACUUACUAUAAACUAUUUAGGUUACUCUAGUAGUUCAUUCAGAUAGAAAUGAAUGUACCACUUGAACAUGUUCUCUAUUUUUGCUUAUAGUACCAAAUUAUGUAGAUUCAGGAAUUCUUCUUAGAAAGUAUUAAGAAAUGAUUUAGAAAUCACGCACCUGUAGAAUAAAGCGUUACCCAACAUAGUUUUAUCAUAGGUAGUUAAUCAAGGCUUUCAUCCAUUUCUUUUUGUUCUCUUUGUCACAUUUGUUUUCUUCUGGUUGUGUAAACCUUCCUAUAUUGCACUUUAUCCCGCCAGCGGAUGGGGAACGGCUUGAGAAAGUCUUUUUUUAUGUACAGCUUUUAAGAAUGAGGGCUACAGUAUUGAACAUGGCACAUGACCCACGUGUUGCUUAUUGUAUAAUGUUCUUGUGAUCUUUUAUCUGUACUGUUGUGUAUGUGAGGUGGGGGGAGUAUCAAUAUAUUGCACACUAUACCCAGCAGAAAUAUCAGCAUUGCUAUUUUGUAAUAUAAAAGACUUGUAUGAUUAGGAGUGCCGCUGUCCUUUUCUUGUACCAUGAUGCACGUGUAGGAAUGUCUAUGAUUGUGACUUAUAAUAAAUUUGAAUCAGGUUUUUUCAA